GUCCAGCCGCGCGCCCUCUCCGCUCCGUGGUACUAUGGCCCCCGCCCGCCUGCUCGCGCUACUCCUGCUCUUCUUGGGCGCCCCCGCCGCCGCCGAGUCGAUACGGGAGACUGAGGUCAUCGACCCCCAGGACCUCCUGGAAGGCCGGUACUCGGGAGCCCUACCAGAUGAUGAGGAUGUGGGGGGCCCUGGGCAGGAACCCGAUGACUUGGAGCUGUCCGGCUCUGGAGAACCGGAUGACUCAGAGGACCCCAAAGUCUUCUCUGAAGUGAUCCACCCCUUGGUGCCUGUAGAUAACCACAUCCCUGAGAGGGCAGGGCCUGGGCGCCAGGUCCCCACCGAACCCAAGGAACUGGAGGAGAACGAGGUUAUCCCCAAGAGGAUCUCACCCUUUGAUGGGGAAGAGGAUGUGUCCAACAAGGUGUCCAUGUCCAGCACUGCCCAGAACAGCAACAUCUUUGAGAGAACAGAGGUCCUGGCAGCUCUGAUUGUGGGUGGCGUGGUGGGCAUCCUCUUCGCCGUGUUCCUGAUCCUGCUGCUGGUGUACCGCAUGAAGAAGAAGGACGAGGGCAGCUAUGACCUGGGCAAGAAACCCAUCUACAAAAAAGCCCCCACCAAUGAGUUCUACGCAUGAAGCUUCCUCAGGGGCACUGGCUUGGACUGUAGGGGGGAGGGAAGCCGGAGGAUUUUACAGGGUGGACGUUAGGGUAGGGGGAGGUCAACCUAAUUCCGACUUGUCAGUAUCUCCAGUUCUGAUUACCUUUUAAGUGUCAGAAGAGACGUCGUCUUCUACUGUUCUGCCUGGCUCUUCUUGAUUCUUGGGGCCUCAGUUGCCCUGGCAGAAAAAUGGGCUUAAACUUGGCCUUUCUGAAGGCAAGCCUGGGAUUGGAUCAUUUCCUAAACUUCCAGUUUAGAAUCUAGGUCCAGCUUCAAGCCUAUACUGAGCAUGCCUCAUCCAGAGCCCCUCUGAAGCCAGGGAGCUUGGGGGGGUUUGUGAGUCCUGGCUGGAGGUCUGUCCCCAGCCACCUUCCUUUCUCCCUGUCACAACCUGUCCCUCUGCCAGGAAGUGGGAGAAGGAUCUAGAACCAUCUGCACCUUGAGAUGUGUCUGUAAAUGGAUACUUAGGAUCACACUACGGGAGUCUCUGUGGUAUACCUUGGGCCAUUCUAGGCUCUUUUAAGUGACUUUUGGAAAUCGAUCUUUUUUAUUUGGGGCUUGGGGGGAAGAGCUGAAAGUUCAUGCUGAAAUGGAUUUAUAGAAUAUUUGUAAAUCUAUUUUUAGGGCUUUGUUGUGUUUUAUUUUUUGUUUUUUAAUGGUUCAUUCCUUUGUGCAAAGUGUCUCUCUGCCUGGGCGAAGCGUGGAGAUAUUGAGAUGUUCUUCCCUCUCUUGUACAUUUCCACCACGCCUGCUAAGUUUGUAUUUAAUGUUUUUUUUGUUUGUUUGUUUUUAUUUGUUUCUUGGAAGUGAGAGAAGAGCCGGAGACAUGAUUUUUAUUUUUAUUUUUUACUAUUUAUAGCUUUAGAUAGGGCCACUCCUUCCCUCUUCCUCUCUUUCAUUAAACCUCUUCCUCAGUUUUUUUUUAUACUUUACACUCCUCUGCUCAUGACCUUGGCCCUUUCUGAAGCUGCUUUCUCUAAGAAGUAGCUUUUGCUGAAACAGUUUUUUAGCAGAUCCCAAAAUAUAAUGAAAGGGGAUGGUGGGAUAUUUGUGUCUGUGUACUUGUAAUAUAUUAUUAUUCUUCCUCGGUUCUAGAAAAAUAGAUAAAUAUAUUUUUUUAGGAAAUAGUGUGAUAUUUCCAGUUGGAUGUCGGGUGGGUGGUCGAGUGAGUGAAUUUUCAUGUGGCUGGGUGGGUUUUUACCUCUUUCUCUUGCCCUGUUUUCUGGUGCCUUCUCUGGAUUGGGCUGGAAUAGUUGAGGUCGACAGUUCUACCCUUUCUGCUUUCUGCUUGGGAACCAGCUGGUCUUCGGUUUGCUUUCUCCAAGCCCUAGAGCUGUGCUGUGCUAUCCAAUACAUUAACCACAUGUGGCUGCUUCAAUUUAAGUCCAUUAAAAUCACGUAAAGUUAAAAAUUCGUUCCUGAGUUGCACUAACCACAUUUCGAGAGCUCAGUCACCACACGUGGCUCGUGGCUACCGUGUUGACAGAGCAGAGAGCAUUUCCAGCUAUCGGACAGUGCUGCUCUAGAGAACUAAACCGGCUCAACAUGUCACAGCCUCUGCUGUGCUGGGAUGAAUCUUGUCUCCCUGAGCUGCGGGGAGCAUGGGGGAGGGCUGAUGAGGCCCUGUUAUCUGGGACUCGCCCCCCUUUCCAGAGAGGAGAGGCCUGGCGGUGGCUUAGCCUGGGCAGGCCAUGUCUCCUCCUACCCUCACUGGCUGGGCUGAGGGAAACCACCCUCCCUUGCUGCACCAGUGGCUGUUAACUCCUGUGGCCACCCCAACCCAGGGUCCCAGCUGGCUGGGUCCCCUCCUACCCCCAGGGCCUUUUACCUUAGGCUGUGUUGGAGUGAGUACCUCUUCUGUAGCCACCUCUCACACUGUUGUCUGUUACUGAUUUUUUUGAUAAAAAGAUAAUAAAACCUGGUACUUCCUA